AAAAGAAGAAUUUGACAAUUUAAGGUUAAUACAUUUUGCUUAUUUACAUAAUGCUAAUUGGUUCAGCUUGUGCAAUAAUUUUUGUGUAAGAUGUUAUGAAACAGAUUUAAAACAUGUCCUUAAAAAGUUUCGCAGAGGACUAUUUUAAAAAUUUAAAUUCCAUCUCUUCACGAUUGCACCAAGACUUGGAGGAAAUUAAAGCCUCAUAUGAAGAUCUGUGGAGUACCUUACCAGAAAAGGAACAACAGUCGAUUCUCUCUGAAAGUAUCAUAAAACCUGAAAUAAGUAUCAAAUAUUGUGCUUCAGAAAAGCAAACCAAAAACGACUAUGCCGUUAAAGUGAUUUUUGAUGAAAACUGCUCAUAUCGAGAUGAACAUUCAAGUCCAUUUAGUUUUAAGACACAAAGCCAAAGAGAUCUCAACAUAUUUUGUAAAGAAAAAGAAAACACAGUACUAGAAAAUAAGAUUAAAUUGCCCUCUAAGCUACCAUCAGUUAAACCCAAAGUUAUUUUGUCUUAUAAUAAAAUUGAUGACAAUUUGACUGAUGUAUCAGAUAGUGAUACUGCAAACUCUCUUCCCAAGACUGGUUUAGACUUUUUGGACAACUGGUAAAAUUUGGAAACGUUCCUGUUAGUAACACAUCUGUAUUCUUUAAAAUUUGAUUCAUGUACUUGACAUAAUACUAAUUAAGUAACAUAAUAUAAACUGAAAGUAUUCAAAAAAUUUUUGCUUAACCCAUUAAUGACCAACUGCAAUGAAAGUUGCAUAACAAUUCGUAAUUUUUUAGGAAUAAAAAAUUUUCAGCUUUUAGAAUAACUUUUAAUCUCCAAUGAUUGAAGGUAAAAGAUGAACAAGUGAUUUAGUUGACAAUAUCAUGAGACUAUAAUGAAAGGGAGUUGUUUUGGGUAACUCCCCUUUUUCACAAUUGACCUGCUUAUUAUUAUUAAAAAAUGGAAUUGUGUUCAAAUUUUGAUACAAAACAUAUUGCUACUAUUUUUCGGAUAAAACUGAAACUUUUCAGCACUUUGUUAUAUCUUCAUUAUCUAUAGUCAGAAUUCAAUUACAUGAUGAAAAUGUAUGAAAAAAAUGUAUAUUGUUGAUAUAUUGAAUAAACUUGAAAUAAAUGUCCUGUGGAAAAAGGAACAUUACUUGGAAAUUAUAAAAAUCUACCUCUACAGGAUAUAAAUAUUUAUUUUCCUGAAAAGUAUUGGGUAAAUGUUGAAUGAUUUCCAAUGGGAAAUUAAAUAUGGUCCAACGAAAUGAAAAUUGUGUCAUUUCAGUUACAAUAAAUUGUGUUCUAGGGCCCCAAAAUCCGCGAUCGGCAUUCCAAAAAGAAUCUCGAUUCAGAUGACUCUAGUUCACAUGGGAGGAUCGAUUUGAUCGACCAAUUUAUACCCACAUAUAGGAUUAGAACAAGGUCCAACAAACGAAGUGCCCUUAUUUUUUUCUGGCCCACAAAUGUUUGUAUGGUACAAUGAUGGAUAUUGCAAAGGCAGUUAGGUUCUAACAUAGACCUUCUACCAUUCCAGAGGGAAUGUAAAUUCUUCAUAAUUAUGAUCUUAAACCACACCUAGCCUAUACAAGGAAGAGACGAGGUUGGUUUAGUAUGGUUAGAUAAUUUAAUUGUGAAAAGAGAUUCUAAAUAUAAAGUGUGUGUAACAUGUGAAAAUAUAACAAUUUAGUUAUGUAAUGGAAUGUUUCGAUCCACCCAGAAUAUUUUUUCAAAUAGCAUCAAUUAUAAGAUAUAAAUUAUUGACGUUUGGAGAAAAAAAUUGAUGAAAUUUAUUAGUAGAUUUUAAUUCUGACUAUAGAUUAAUAAUUUUAUGAAAACUUUUUUCAUUGAUAAAAAUAAUUUCAAAACUAUUUGAUGUCAUUAUCCUAAUUUAAAUCGAUAAAUAGAAAUUACUCUUUAAAUGAUCAGAAGCAACUUUAGUUGCUUGAGCGUAGCUCUCUUUAUUUAUUUAAGACCAUUUUGAAACAAUAUCAAUUAAAAAAUAUUUUCAAAAUUGUAUUUUGGGCAUUAAUGGGUUAAAUCGGUAUUUACUUAAUAUAACAUUGCUCUAUAUAUUGAUUGGAUUUAUCUACAUUAAGUUAAGUCAUAUCCAAAUAAAUUCCUGGACAAAAUAAAAGUUAGUUACAUUGAAAUAAUAAUGAACACCUACAAAUUAGUUGAAUAUGACCUUAACAUAACCUUAAUUAAAGUUUGUGUUUGCUUGAAAUGCAACCAAAUUGGAAAAAAAAAGGAAAAAAACAGUAUAUGAAAAUAAAUGCAUAUGGAUCAGCUCUAAUAUCCCGUAAGCCAUCCUCUACUUCUUAUCACUGCUUUCAUUCGUCGCGGCAUGCUUUAUAUCAAAUUUUUAACAAAAGCUUCCCGUAUUUUCUCAAAUUCUUCAAUAGCGACCUCUAUGAGUUGUUAUAAUUAAAAACAGGCGGACUAUGAGUUUGAAUCCUCUUUUUGAGAUAGUCCCAUAGAUGUUCUAUAGGAUUCAUAUCCGAACUGUUAGAUGGCCACUCUAAUAAAGGGAUAUGACGACAUGUAAGUAGCCAAUAACCUGUUUAGCCACAUGGGUACGAGCAUUGUCCCGCAUGAAUAAAAAAUUAGACCCAACAAACGAAGCAAAAGGCAUUACAUGUUUGACAAUAAUGUUGUCUAAGUAAUAUUGGACAUUGUACGUAUAGAAACCAAUUCCGUGCGAGUAUCGAAGCCAAAUUACUCCCAAAAACGUUUUAGAGCCACCACCAAAAGGCACUUUGAAAGAUAUUUACAGUUGGCAAACCUUUCUCCUUGCCUUCACCAGACACGCUAACAUAUAUCUGGAGCUUUAAGGCUAACUCUAGUUUCAUGAGAGAACAGAACUCGUUUCCAAUCAUUGAUGAUCCAAUUCUGAUGUAGUCUUGCAAAAUUAAAUCUCUGAACUUUGUGUUCUCUGGUAAGCAAGGGUUUUUUGGCUAGUCUUCUUUUGCUUAAUGUAAACGUCUUACAACCGUUCGAGACGAUACAUCGACAUUUCGAAUAUCUGAUAAUUCAUUUUUUAGUAGAAUGCUGGUGACUGAGCUACUUCUGACAGAACAUUGUCUUGAAAAAAAGGAUCAUCAAUUUAGUUAGUUUAGUUAGAGACAAACCAGCAACAUAUCGCAUUGAAUAUCCUUCAUUCAGGAGAGUCGAUGCUUGCACUGUCUCCUCCGUUAACAAGUUUCUUUGGCGGUUCAUUUUUUACUUGAUAUACUUCCAAAUAUGUAUGUAAAAAACAAUUGCAAUCAAUAGCUUGCUUCCAACAGAAAUUUGCACUUUUUAAGCAAAUGUUAACACAGUUUUAGUCUAAAACGAGGUUGAAUACCAAGUCAAAGCAAGAUUAUGUUAUAGUAGAGUUAAUUUAAAUAGCCAAUGUCAAACAAGGUCCAUGGCAUGAUGAGUUAAUUUUGUCCAGGAGUUUGUGUUAGUUUGCCAAAAAGAAAAUUGAUUAUAAAGUUAAUUAAGCGUCUAAAAAAUUUUCCCAUUGGAUUCAUGCCUUAAAAUUUGUAUUAAAAAGUGGAAGUACUCAAAAUUAAAUAGCAUAGAGUAGAAUAAUAAAACUACACCAAAUCUCUCUAUUCUUAAAGUUUAAAUACAUAUCAUAGUCAACGGUAUUUUAUAAUAUAACAGUACUAAUAUAGAUGCCCCAGUUGGUAUCAAUUUUAAAUAGGAAUAGAAGACUGAUGUGUGAAGUAAGUCAUCAAUUGAUAUGUUUAUAGUCACACGAUUAGAUAUUUUGUAAUACUGGAACUAUGGAAGUUGGAAACAGUCAAUUUUCAUUAUUUAAAUACAAAGCUUACUAAUUAGCAGUGAUAUAUACAAAUAUAAUUAUACAAUUAAUUGCAUAAAAGUUUGUUUAUAUUUAAAACAGUAGAUAUUAAAUGAAUCAGGUAUUUUUGAAAGAUCAUGACUCCAUGAGAAACCAAAGUUUUCAGGAGAGGCAAAAAAUUAAAUACUGUGAAAUAAUUUAAGGUCACGUAAUGUAUUUGUUAUUAAAAAAUAAAAUAGGCACAUAUUUACAUGUUGUCAUUUAUUUUGGACAAUAAAAAUUAUUCACAUUUUUGAAAAAAGUAGCAUCAAAAAUGAUGGACUUAUGUUGUUGCUAUAAUUUCUCUAAAAAUGAAAGACGAUGUAUUGGAGAAUUUGUGUUUAAUGUAAAAAAUGAUCAGCAUAUGCUUGUGAAUCAACUAAUCCCUCAUCAUCAUUUUCUGGUGUAGGCCACAGGAAUAUUUUAAAACCUUAAAUUCUCCGGCAGGAGACUUUUCCUUAGGAAGUGGUAUUCUUUUUUAGUUGAAGUAUAUAAACAAUUGGCACUAUAUUAUAGACAACCUGCAGAUACAAAGAUAAAACAUAUAUUAAUAUUCUUAUGUGCCACUUGUCAGAUUUACUUUUGUAAGAAUUGGAAACACUCCCUAUCAAUUCUAAAAAAGUUACUUAAGUAUACUCACAUAGUCCAAUACAUUUUCUAAAAAUAUGAAAUUUUACAGAAGACAGUGACUUUGUCAUUAGAUUAGCAUAUUGAUGAUCAGUAGGUACAUAAUUAAGCUUUUCAAUAUUAUUUGGAAUGAUCUUUUCGUUUGAAAAGUAUAUUCCUCAUUUUGAUGCAUGACUGAUAGUCGUCACAAAUCAAUAUUUGAUUAGUCGCUUUAUAAAUCAGAUCUUCUAGAAUUUGUUUAAGAAAAAGACAUUUAGUUAUACAGUCAGCCAAUGCAACAUACUCAGCCUAGUUACUACUUUGUGUUACACAACUGUAAUAAAGUGGAUGGCUUUUUUUGUAUGUAUUAAAGCCUCUAGCACUCUCACCAAAGUGACCCCGUUCAGAAUUUCCUCAUCCCCUGUGUGCAAAGCUUGUAUUUCUUGUACCUUGAUUAUAAUUUCUGCAUUGAUUUUCAUAAUGUACUCUUCUUCUACCACAUGAAUAACAGUUACCUUCUCUAUAAGUGGGAAAAGCUGCAGGUUUGGAUAUAUUUUCAUUUGGAUUUUCACUGGUUACUUUUCUUUACUCUACCUCUGCUAUCAAUUUAGCCUUUGCUACAUCUACAUUCAACUCUCCUCCUGGUAAAUUCUCUAGUAUUGUAACAACAGUUUAAAAAGAACUAGGCAUAGCCAACAAUAGGUUGCACACAAUAUCUUCAUCUUUCUUCAAUAUUUAUUGGAAUUUUGCCCAAUGGAUGUUGCCUUUUCGGCGGGAAGCAUCUUUUGCCAGCCUAAAAAUGUGGAACACUGGACUGUCUAUAACCGCACCAAUACAUUCUGGAUUGUAAUCAAAUUGGCGUCAUUCUGAAACAUUGAAUGAUUGUUUGCUGUCGUUAUGUACUUUGCCUCCCUUUGAUUCUCUGGAGAUGACUUUCUUUUUAUUAUAAUGAGGCCACCAUUUCGUAAACGCCAAUACAUCUUCAUUCUUAACCACUUUCAAUUCGAAAUGUCUUUUUUUACUUGACAGUCUUAUUAAUCCUAUUAUUUUUGCUCUUUUCAGCACAAGCAUCUACAAAAAUAUGUAAAUGUUUGGCUUCAGGAAGGAUAACUUCAUUGAUAUAAUCAGAAAUGAAUGAAGCAACCUCUCUCGACUCUACCUAUAUCUUGAUGGUAUAGGUAAAGUCUUCACUUUCCAGAUCCUAGACUGUGAAUAAUAAACAGGGAAAGACUUAGUUGUCUGCAAUGAAAAAUAUCCUGGUUUAGGAUGUUUGGCAACUGAAUAUUUUGCAUGUAAUCCAUAGCUACCUCGUACUUCUUUCAUAGACCUCAUUUUAUCAGGAAACUUUUUCGGUCUUCCAAUUACAAACAAUUUGUUCAGCUAAUUUGACUUUAUUAGUUAUUUCAUUCAGGCUGAAACUCUUCAAUUUACCAUGAAACACUUCAAAUCACAACAAGUGUCUACUUGAGGGCGUUCAAAUGAUAGGUUGAAAUGAUGAGAUAUCAUCUUCUACAUUUCUUCUUGUUUGUAGGUCUAUCACAUUUAAAAUGUUAUUUCCACGUAGGUCACAAGGUGCUUGUCCUAAAGCUAAUAGUUAAUAUGAAGUCUGAAUUUUUGCGGAGUGAUUCCACGAAGGCCGAAAAAAGCUUUUGUGCAAACUUUGGUUUCUCCAGCAGAAUGUGAGACAUUCGUGGAUAUCUCUACACUCGAAUUUAAACUUCUUGGCCUUUUUCUGGCCUUUCAUUGAUUGGAAUCUAAAAGAAGUAGAGAAAACGUAUCAAAAAAUCCAUUUCUUAUGCCUCUUCUUCACUCAUUUUUACAUCAAACAAUAAAUUCGUAUCCAUAAAAUAACCGAAAUUACUUUGGAAUUAACAAUUCACCGAACGAAUGAGAAAGAAAAGGACUUGAGUGGUUUCAAUUGUUUAAAAAAUACCUGAUUGCUGUGGGAUUAACAAUCAACCAAAUAAUUGAUGAUGACAGUUGUCGUGCAAUGUUGCUAAUAAGAAAUAGUAGAAAGAACAAAGUCCAAUAACUAGUGGUGUUUCAAAAAUAUCUCGAUUUGACAUAUAACUAAAUUAAACGAAAUGAAAAGGAGUUGUUUCAGUUAUGUCAAGGGUGCCAGCAAAAAAAUGCAAAACAGUCGAUUCACGUUGAUUAAAAAAUACCUAAUUCAAUUAUUUUUAUGAUACUGACCAAUGGUGUUAUUGAUAGAUAUAAAUUGAUACAAACCAAAAAUAUCAUUCCUCUGAUAUCAUAUUGGCAGACGUUGUCGAUAAAUUGAAAAGUUAUUUUUAAAAUACCAGUAUGAAACAAUUUAAAUAAUUGUAGUUUUGACAUCGGAAAUAAUUUGGAGCAAAAUUAAAGAAAACAUAUGCUUAAAGAGAGUUUAUACUCUAUGACUUUAUCAUGGUAAUUGGUUUGGAAAUUGUAAGUAGUUGUAGAAUUUUGAUAAAUAAAAAAUUUA